AUGGCGCUUGCGCGUGCAGGAGGAGCGGUGAGAUGGUGGAUGAUGGCGCUCAUGGUAGCCAUCAUUCUGGUUGGAGAUGUUUCAUCGAAGAGUUUUGAGUCAGAUGACGAUGACGCUGAUGAAUGGAGCACAAAAAGUGACCAGCACACCGCUGUUGUCGAUCUGGAGCAUAUGCUAUCUGAGGAAGAUGGGUUUGUAUCAAGAUCAAAACUUACUUACACGGGGCCAAAGUCAGGUUCGCUCAGGACCAAACGGCACGUCAGUGUUCAUGUGCAGCAAGCAAUUCUCUCAAGCGAUGACAUGGUGAAGUUUCAAAAGCUCAUCGACAGUCAUGGCUAUUACAAGUUGCGGGUGCAGUCUGAUGUAAAUGACCCCAACUCAGAAAAAGUGAUGGCUUCUCUACCUGCAUGCCUGCUGGCUGCCUCGAACUUUCAUGAGAUGCUUCGAUUCCAUGUGGAUCAACAUGGCCACAUCAGAAGCAUCUGGUACCAGACGAUGGUGACCGAGUGUCCGCCAAGUAUCAAAUUGAGUGGGGGGAAAUCUCCGAUAGUCACAAGUCUAACAGUUGACAUGGAAUCAAAGGGACCCAAGCUAUCCAUCGAACCAGUAGCAAAGAUCGAGAAGGAAGCACAGGAGAAACAGCAACAGGAUCAGCAGUCUUUCUUCAAGAAAUAUUGGUAUUACAUCAUUGGAGGCGUUCUGAUCAUGAGCCUUCUGUCUGGACCGGAGGACGAUCGAGGCCGGGGAGGAGCACGUGCAGCACGGUAA